AUGUCGCUGACCGCAGGAGAUCGGGAGCGAUUACUAAAACGAAAUAUUUAUAAACGAGACCAAGCCGUGGAGCAAAUUUCGAUUUUAAUGGGUGUUGUUAAUAGCACAAAAAGUGAACAGUCCGAUAUCGCGAUACUGCAACCGAGACUGGAUGAUCUUGAAAUGUUAAUUACCGACGUCCGUCUCUAUCAAGAUUCGAUUUUAGACGGGUUUAUCGAACUCGACCGCGAUAGUGAAUUCAUUACAACACACCACCCGAUAGGAAAACUCGCAUUAGAACAAUAUUAUACCAUAACAUCUAUAUGCAAUGAAAUUGGUUUAACUAAGCAGAAUCCAGUUUCACCACCUACCACACGAAAUAUUCAACUACCAAGAAUAGAAUUGCCGUCGUUCGACGGAAAUAUUCUACAUUGGCGAGCCUUCCGUGACACAUUCGUGUCUCUAGUGCACGACAAUGAUCAAGUACCACCGAUUCAAAAAUUCCACCAUUUAUUGUCCGCCGUAUCAGGUUCGGCGGCUGCUACGGUAAAAUCGGUUCCAUUGAUUGAAGCCAAUUAUCCAAUUGUAUGA